CGUAAAUGUAACGCCACUCUGACGAUUCUGGUUUAUCCUGUCCCCGAUACCUGAGUUUUAACACGGAUUCUCGCUCGUGAAGUCAAAAGCCGAUUGUGUUUAUCCGUUCUUUCGAAUACGUUUUUGUUUUUGUUUUUUUCGUUUCCUCGAAAAUACUGCUCCGUUUAAUAGUGGCGAAUUGAGUGGAAUCCCCAUCGCUAUGGCAAAGUUCGAUUUAACGAGUAAGAUGACAAAAUAUCUGGACCGGCAUUUGGCCGUGCCAUUACUGGAGUUCUUGUGGGCAAAAAAGAUCUAUAAUGAAAAUGAAAUUUUGCAAGCCAAACUCGACAUCCUCAACAAGACCAACAUGAUGGAUUACGUUAUUGAGAUAUAUAAACAGUUGAAUCCCGACAAAGAAAUACCUGAGGAUAUGAAAACGAGGAGAGAUGAAAUUGUAUCACAACUACAUCAACUUCAAAAUGACGUAGAUGUUGUUAUGAAUUUUCUCAGAGAUGAUAAAGUUAUGAAAACUAUGGAAACAAUGAGGGAUCCUAAGACUUUAUCCGCAUAUUUAAACAAGGAAUUUAAUUUUAAAGUUGAAAUGAUGGAAAGUAUGUAUAAAUUUGCAAAGUAUCAUUACGACUGUGGUAACUAUACUGGUACAACAAGUUAUUUAUACUUCUAUUUAUUGGUUAUGUCACCUACUGAUAAGAACUACUUAAAUGUUCUUUGGGGAAAAUUGGCAUCAGAAAUCCUCACUCAGAACUGGGAGACUGCUCUUGAAGAUUUAAAUAAACUAAGAGAAUAUAUUGAUUCUAAUACUAAUGGCUCUCCUUUGCACUUGCUUCAACAACGUACAUGGUUAAUUCACUGGAGUUUGUUUGUAUUUUUCAAUCAUGUUAAGGGACGUGAUCUUAUCAUUGAUAUGUUUCUGUACAGACCAAACUAUCUAAAUGCCAUUCAAACAAUGUGUCCACAUAUUCUUCGCUAUUUGGCUACUGCAGUAAUCAUAAAUCGUUCAAGAAGAGCAGCAAUGAAGGAUUUAGUUAAGGUUAUCCAACAAGAAUCCUAUACUUAUCGUGACCCAAUAACUGAACUACUUGAAAAUCUCUAUGUAAACUUUGAUUUUGAAGGAGCUCGUGAUAAAUUACAUGAAUGUCAAAUUGUUCUUUUUAAUGACUUCUUCUUGACUGCAUGUCUUGAUGAUUUUGUUGAAAAUGCUCGUCUUAUGAUUUUUGAGACAUUCUGUCGUAUUCAUCAGUGUAUCAGUAUUGGUAUGCUAGCUGAAAAAUUAAAUAUGAAUCCAGAAGAAGCUGAAUGUUGGAUUGUAAACCUUAUUAGAAAUGCGAGAUUAGAUGCUAAAAUUGAUUCAAAACUUGGACAUGUUGUCAUGGGAACACAACCUCUAUCGCCAUACCAGCAACUUUUAGAGAAAAUAGAUACCUUAUCAGUGCGAUCAGAAGCACUUCAACAACUCAUUGAAAGAAAAGUUAAAGCUAAAACCCAGGAGCAAGAUCCUCUUUGGUACAAUCCUUGAAAACAGUCAAAAAUGGUAAGUUAUCAACAACAUUUUUUUUUUCAAUAAAACAAGAUUAAUAUUA